AUGGGAUUAAAAUUUAAAUUAUGUGAAAGUGAAGAUGAUUGUUCAGAAGACGAAGAUGAAGUUUGUGCAUCUGAAUACGAUAGAAAAUAUGAAUCUUUGGAUAAAGAUACUUCAAAAUCUGGUGAAAAAUUGUUAGACAAAAAAUAUUCAUGUCUUAUAUGUAAACCAUUUUAUGCAAUAUAUAAUUUGUUUAAAAAACUAUUACAUAGGGGAUUUAGUUCUAUAAAUAAAUAUAGGAGAUAUCCUGAUCCAAGAGUAAACGUUUAUACGGAGAAUAACUUUAGCGUUUACUGUACAAGAAUAGGUUCUUUUAUUAUAUUUUGAUUACAUCUUUUUUUAUUCUAUGAAGAAAUUUAUAUACAUAUAGGGGAUAGAAGUAUUCUUAUAUCUAUUUAAUUUUGAAUAGGUAAUACAACUGUAUUAUUGCUAGAUAAUUGAUUAAUUAUUUUAAUGACUAUAUAUAUAUUAGUAAAAUUUUUAAGCUAUACUGUAGAAGUAGGAGAAAAUGGAAUUAAAGUCUACCUAUAA